AUGAAUUCAGGUGACAAAGAUUCGUCUUGGUUGAAGUGCCAGUGGAACGGCGAUCCGGGAGGAUGGGCAGAUUUCUUACGAUGUGUCCGUCUCGCCUUCGAGAAGACCUCGAGACGGAAGAGACAUCUGCUGGGUCCUGAAAUAGUGGGCCAGCUCAGUGGCCGCGCAUGGGUGGUGACUCAAGAACUUGAUCACCGUCAGCUUGUUCGUCGUGAUGGUGUUGUGUAUUUGAUCGAAUUCCUUAGAGAUCGACUUUGCAAAACGCCGAUUCCUGAUGUGGGGCUUCGUCUCGAACAACUCAUGAUCCGCUUAAGGCGUCACCCUGGCACGAGCAUGGCGACCUGGGCAACCCAGCUCAGAGAUGCUUACCGGCAGCUUCAGCUUGCCCUUGCGAGAGCCCGGAAAGGACCACGAACUAUCUCCUCUCCUUCGCCGACCAGCACUCCUACCAAGACCCGCUCUUCGCGUCGUACCAGCCAAGGAACCUUGGAGGAACCGCAUGCCGAAGAACCAACGGAAGGAGAGCAAGAUGAAACGGAGACGCUGCCAGGAGCUCCUGAUGAUGACGAGCUCCGCCGUGAUGAAGAAGUGCUUCCCUCCUCUCCAGCGUCAAGGACUUCUGAGUCUCGACCUCCUCGACGAAAGCGUCGAGACAGCGAUAGCGAUGACAGUGUAAAGGCUCUUGCUGACCUGGAAAUCUGGAGUCGCUGCGAGGAGAAGCUAGAGGAAGUCUUGCCCUCGGAGCUCCUCGGAUGGCUGCUGUUGCGACGAGCGGGCUUGACUGCCCAAGCUCGCUUGAGUGUCCAGGCGGCUGCUGGCAACUCGCUGAAGCUCGAUCGAGUCGAGGGGGCGCUUCGUGGCAUGGAGGACGAGCUGUUGGCUCAGGAGCAAACCAGGACUCCUCAUCCUGCGGGCCGGCGUCGAUCCUUCUGGGUGGAAGAUGAAGGUCACUGGAGUAUUCUGCUCGCGGAUGACGAUGACCUCAGCGAGAGCCUGGAAGGAAUACCCACGCACUAUGUGGGCGACGAGAAUGCCUUCAACGUCUGGGCUGAGGACGAGGAGUACGGUGACGAGAGCUGGACAGGCAGCUCCGAUGGCGCCUACUGGGGCGACGAGUGGCAUGGCUGGACUCCGGAGGAGGACCCCGCCAACAUCCUCACUGCCGAGGAACUUCAGCAAGUUGAGGAGGCUUACCAGGCAGCGGACUCCAAGCUUCGGACUUUCGUUGAUGCCAGGAAAGCUGUUCGAGCCCGCCAUCUGAGUCGAGGUUUCUACCCCUUUGCCCCGCAGAACAAAGGGUUUCGUUCCCAAAAAGGAAAAGGCAAGAUGCGUUCCUUCCCGAAGGGCAAGGGCAAAGGAAAGAAAGGAGCUACGCCAACUUCACCUGUGGCCAACAUGUCGGUGCCUGUGUUGAUGAGUGAGAGCCCGACCUUUGCUGUGAGUCCUGGACAGGCAGGUUACAGUGGGUGUUUCAUUUGCGGAGACAGGAGCCACCAGUUUCGCGACUGCCCCAGGCGCUCAACAAAAGGACCUGCAAAAGGAAGCGGCAAGGUCCACUUCCAUACGGAACCUGAGGUGUACAUGGUGCAGGCGACUCCGUCGAUGGCGACUACAGCUUCUUCGACUUCCCCAAUGGCUACUAGGCCAGCUUCUUCGACUUCCCCGAUGGCUACUACAGCUUCUUCGACUUCCCCGAUGGCUACUACUGCUUCUCCGACUUCUCCGAUGGUUUCCACAGCUACUUCGACUUCUCUGGCAAUGUCUCCAGCUUCUGGGUCGUCCGUGAUGUUUGAGCAGAGAACAGACGUCCGACAGGUUCCGAUGGUCUAUGAGGACACGACGGUGGACGUGCCAGAUAUGAUCCUGGUCCAAAAGUCAGCAUCUGGGUCUUGCAUGGACGGUUUUGCGGUGUUGGAUUCAGGUGCUACAGAGACAGUUGGAAGUUUGCCAGCUUUGGAGUCCCUGAUGUUAGCCCGGUACGAAGUUACGAGUCAGGUGGAAGAAGUAGCGGUCACGAACGCUGCACCCAAGCGCUUCAAGUUUGGAAACGGGUCCCACGACAUGUCUUCUUCGCACAUUCUGUUGCCGGUCACUCUUGGCACUCACCAAGUUCCCAUGGGUAUCUACACCUUAGAUGUGGAGGGAGUGCCGCUGUUGAUAGGCAUAAAGACUUUGCGUCGGUUGCGGUCAGUGAUCGAUUGUCAUCGUGAUAUCCCGGUCAUGGGAGCCGUGGAUCCGAACCGAGGCAUCCAGCUGCAGCGCAGUGUGACAGGUCAUUUGCUGUUAGACUUGAGACAGGACCUGAUGGUUCACUCCUUUAGUCUGCUGGAACCUCGCGCAAGAGUCGCUUCACGUGUUCUUCCGCAUCGAGAAGAAACAACUUACAUGGUGCAGUCAGUUGAACAUGAUGAGGUGCCUGCAAGUGAAGCCGAUGCGUCCAUGUGUUCACCAGUUCCUGAUGCUGCGCUUCUAGCGAGUGACCCUCCUAGUGUAUGUGCUCUCGACGAUGAGGUUCCGGUGAAUGCCGAUGCUCCAUGUAUUCCAAUCGCAUUUUGCUUCACCUCCUCGCUCUUCAUGGCGCAUCGGCAGCCGGAAGCAGCGGCGCCACCUCCUUCGAAGAGCAUCGACAAGAACGAGGAGCAAUUCGUGACCUCCGGGAAGGAGGCGGUCAAGGCCAAACCGAAGAAAGGGGGCUACAAGUCCCAGCCGCUCGACUGGGAUCGCACGGUCGAGAGCGAUCCCCGCGAUCCUCGCCACAGUGGCCCUCCGUGCAACGGGGAACAUGUUCCAGCCCGGAUGUUCAAGGGCAGUCCUUCAGGUUCGAAUCAGUACGGUCAAUGGACAGCCUGCGAACGUUGUCUUCUGCGUCUGUCUUACACACCACGGGCAGGAUGUCAUGCUCUCCACCGCUCCCCGGGAGCCCUGCCGAAGGACGUCCAGUUGGCGGUCAAGGAGGAGCUGCCCAAUCUGACCACAUUGAAGGACAAGGACAUUGGAUGGGCGGCUGCGGAGAAGAGCGCCGAGGACAACUUGAUGCGUGUGCGUCAGGCUCGGAUGAGCCAACAGGCCGGGCAACGUGGGGCAGCGCCAAAGCGACUUGCCCAGAAGGACCUAGGUCCCAAGGCUUCCCCGGCAACCUCAGCGCCUCCGACGAGCUCUCCGACUCCCACCUCGCCGACCAGCUCCCUGGGGACAUCAACUGUAGUGGUGGACGUGGAAGAAGUGAACGAGGGCAUGCAUGCGCAUCCGGGCCGGAAGGCAGUGAAACGCAACGAGGAGGCAGCGGAGGAACUGGAUUAUGCUCUUCUGGAGAACGAGGAGAUGAUCGAGAACCUCGCGGCCUCCUACGUGCACGAGCGGGCCUACUCCAUGGCGACGAUGGAAAAUUUCCUGAAGCAACUUCGAGCGGCGCAUGCUGUGCCACAACGUAAGUUCAUGGACAAGAAAACAACCACUUCCUUUGUGGUGAGCUAUGGGUUGUACGCGCAUGGAUCUCAGUGUGGUGUCAUGAACUCCACGUUCCAGAACCCUCAGCUCUGCAAGUACGUCAACCAGUGGCUUCAGGCGUGGGCUCCAUCAUCCGCCCAUUGGACCACGUUUUCGAUUGUGUACAACAUGGAGUCCAAGCCUCAUCGCGACCUCCACAACUUGAAAGGACAGCCGAACUACGUGAUCACUUUCGGCGAGCAUGAGCAUGGAGAGUUGUGGUUGGAACGAACCCCGGAGGACUCUGUCACUGGGGAGGUGCGACGUCGUAAGAAGCCAAAUGGAUCCUUGGCCAACGGGCAACUCUUGUCGCCUCACCACCAAGUGAUUUCUUUUGAUGCGGACCAAUGGCAUGCUACCAUGCCCUGGCGAGGAACCCGCAUAGCGUUGGCAGCCUACACGGCCCGCUCCUUCCGAGGCUUGGAUCCUGAACUUCGACGCUUCUUCGCGCAAUGGCAUUAUAUGAUGGAGGAUAGGCUCUGGAAUCUUCUUGAAGAUACCGGCUGCAUUUGCGUGAGGGAGCUGCGUUUGCAUUUUGAUACUCCUUGGCACCUGGCCUGCUCAGUGGACAGCUUAGAGGAUUCAGUGGUCCUGGCCGAGCAGAUCCUUCCUUCUGCCGUGUCCUCAGACCAUAAGAGAGCUGGCGCUCUUAUUUGGGGCUGGCUCCGGGAUCAAACUGACUUGUUGAAGCGGGUGCAAGGUAGGCUAAAGACGAAGGCUACGAGGAUUGUGGCGCCUCCUUGUGGUGAUGUUUCUCCUGGUGAGGUUUAUGCACAAUUGGUGAGCGGCAGCCUUGAGUUAACGAAGCAGACCAGUCGGGCUCAUGCGAGAUGGAUCUCGAGUGGGGCUGGUACGCCAGCUGAUGCUGAGAAGGCUGCUAGAAAGUUCUGGGGUACAGUCUUGGUGCAAAUUAUGGUGGAGGCUAAGCUUCCCAUCGUGGAUAUUCCGGUUGAAAGUGAAGAGCAAAGGGUUCUGUAUGCUUUGAGGGCCUUGGGUACCCGUCGUUCGAAGACUUUGAGGAACCGGGCACGAGCUUGGCGCAAGGCUCGGGACUGGAUGCUCUCUGUGAAGUCAGUUGCUUUCCCGCGGCGUCCGAGUGACGUUGUGGACUAUCUCCUCUUCUUGGAGCAGGAGGUGGGCACCAAGAGCUGUAUUUCGGAGUUUAUGAGCGCUCUAUCUGUUCUGGAGGAUGCAGGACAGGUUCCUUUGGCCAGCCAGUUGUGCAAGGACAGAUUGGUGGUUGCUGCCUCGAAGAGCUCAGAGGCAGAAGUUCAUGUGGGGGUCACGAGCAAGAAGCAGGCGGCCCCCUUGUCGGUGGCAAUGCUGCUUUCUUUGGAGAUUUUUGUGGGCUUCUUAGUCAAGACCAAGACAACCGGUCCCGACAAGAAGGUGGCUGAGGUUCCCUUCUUUGUGGGUCGGGAUGUGGGGUUGUCUGGUCGUGAUUGGCUGCGCUCGGGUUUCGACUUGUGGAAGGGCUUUGGGCAGCUGGACAGGACUUUCUUGGUGUUCCAGUCAUCCGAAGAUUUUGAGGAGCCGAUUUUCAAAUUUGCGAAACCGGAGGUCAUCAGCAAUUACAUGCGUUUGAUCUGGCGACAGCUGAAGGUCCCUUUUCGCAAGAUUGGUGAACACGUGUGGAAAUCGAGAGCUGAGGGGGCCCUCCUUGGUGACGAGUGUUAUUUGUUCUGGACGGGCCAUAGCAUGCGUCAUGUUCUUCCAACCAUUGCUGCUGUUCUGGAGGUUCCGAAGGAGCGGCGCGAUUACUUAGGUCGCUGGCACAUUGGUCUGCAUCAGAGUUCUGAUUACAUCCAUACUUGCCGUCAGAUUGUGCAUGACAUUCAGCGCCGUGUAUGCGACAAGUUGUCGGGUGGCAAACCCGGGUACGACGAGGAAGAGUUGUUUGAGGAGCUGCGCGAGUGGCUCCGCGAUCGGGGUUCUGAUCCGGAUCCGUGGUUGAAGCUUCAUGCUGUGAUGCGCACCGUUUCUGGCUGCAAGGUAUUGAAUCAGACUUGGCCUUUAUUGGCCGAUUUCACCGACGGGACGGACAACGCUGCCCCGGCCCCGCCGGUUUCGAACUCAUCUCAGACUGAUAAGGAGAAAGUGGAUCCGUCCUCGAGUUCGGGGGAAUCUUCGUCGACCGAGCUCGGGAUUCGCGUGCCAGUGCAAAGGGGUGACAGUUUGCCUCAGUGCUUUCAGUGCCCUUUUGCCGCGUGCUGUCAGUGCUAUCAGUUGCGGUGGCGGGAGCAAAUCAGAUGUUUGAAAUGGGCAGUUUUCUGCUCAGUACUUCACGUUGUGAAUCUCAGUCGACAUUACUAUACGAGCCACUCUCAGACUUUCAGUGCUCCUUUGGGGCUGUCAGAUUUCAUUCGUUCAGUACUGUCAGUCUUCAGCUUCGCUCGCCUCGGAGCGACAAUGGCGGCCGAUCCUGCGGCACAGCGUCAGUUCUUGAAAGAUAACGUCGAUGCCGACUUUAUCUUCCUUCUGGAAGAGCAUGGUGUUGACUUAGCGCUGCAGUACGCCAUUGGUCAGCAUUACAAGAGUAUCAGGACAUUUGCCGCCUUUGCCGAUGAUAGGGGGGCGGCUCGGACGGCCAUCACCGCGGACUUCGGCGUUCGAGCUGAGAGUGCGGCAGAUCGUGCUAGGAGGAAGCUAAGCUUCGGGCUGAGGCAUAAGGUGUUGGGGGUCCAGAAGCCCCUCGUCUCUUCCGAUCGAGCGGCUAUGCGAGCUGCUUUGGAGGCGGUAAGGGGCUACUCUGUUCCAGAAUCUGAGGAGCCUGCACCGGAGUACCUCGCACACAAGCUUGAGCAGAUUGAGAAUGGCGAGCCCACCGCUAGUUAUCUUGAUGAGGUUAUUUCACGUAAGGAGUCCAACUCUUUGCAGCUUCAGACUUCACUUGACAAUCAGGGCCGCCUUCGUGUUAUGCGCCAGAAGCCCAAGGGGAAGCUCCCACAGAACACUGAGGAACUCCGAGCAAAGAUUCGGCUCGAGGCAUCAACAUGGGUGAUGUUGGCCGCGAAGUGUCGCGGUCGUGCCUAUUUGCAGGGAUUGCAGUUGUCACAUUUCGAUCGUUUCUUGGAAUAUCUUCUGGGCGACAAGUGCUACAGCAUGCAAGUCGCAUCGGCGGCUCCCAUGAGUUCUUCUGCACAUGCUGAUCGUCACACUUUGUCUGUGCCCUGGAAUAUCUUGCUUCAGUAUGAGUUCGAGCUUCGUAAAUGGGCCAUCAAGGAGGCACAUCGUUUGAGUGCCCCGCUCGGUGACAAGCUGCAUGAGGCUACCACCAACACCGAGCUCAAGGAGCUGCAUUUUACGUCUCAGGUGGCAUUGUCUCGACGCUCGACCGGCGCCGACCCUCCGCCACCAAAGUGGCCCCGCAAGGGUGACGGCAAGAAGGGAGAAAAGGGCGGAAAAGACAAAGGUGGCAAGGACGGAAAGGGCAAGGCCGAUGGCAAGAUCAAAAUCGGCGAGUCAUGGUUCGAUCUGGUCUCGAAAACGCCGGCGGAUGUUCGCGCCUGGCUGGAGGUCCUAUGCACGUCACAGAACAUCAUUUUGGAGAUGUCCGAAGUCGACAUCUGCCGUGACCCAAGUAUGGAUUUGCUGGACUCUGCAGUGGCUGAUCGGUGCUUGCUUCAAGUCCAAAAUUCGGAGUGGGACGUGGUCUUGGUGACUCCGCCCUGCAAUACCUUUUCUCGGGCACGAUGCGUACAGCCGGGUCCUCGGCCACUGAGAUCACGUAUUUACCCUGCGGGUUUUCCUUGGCUUUCAGACUCACAUCGUGCUGCAGCGGAUAAUGGCAAUCAGUUCGUUUCCUUUUCUUUUCAGAUCUGCACAGCUGCCCUUUCGAAUUCUAUUCCUUUUCUGUUGGAGCACCCUGAAGAUCUGGGUAUGACAACCACCGGUCACACACCGGCUUCUAUUUGGCAACUUCCAGAAGCUGCUGCACUUUUUAAGCACGAGCAGGUCGUGACUUUUGCGAUCUAUCAGUGUCACUACGGAGCCCACACGCCGAAACCCACCAGGUUUCUUUCUUCUAUCGCAGCCACCUUUGGCAUGCGGUUCAUGGGGCCUCCUCAUCUUGAUUCUGCCGAUAAGUAUCUGGGGCCUCUGCCCAAGUACUGUGGCCACCGGCAUUCCAAUCGCCUUUUGGGUGCCGCUAACACUGCUGCUGCUGCCGCCUAUCCGCCUGAUUUAUGCAAGGCUAUCGCUUCCUGGACCUUCUCCGUCUUCGAUGGGGGAGGAGGUGCACCCUCGGUGGCUACGGUUCCCGAAUCUGCUCACUGCUUUCAGUUUCCGGCUAGGGAGCUUCCGGGCAAACGUAAGAGGGGAUCGGCUGAUUUCUUGAUCGACACGGAGGAGGUUGCGACGUUACCUGAACAGGAUGACAUUCCAUUCAGUGAACUGAAGUCUGGUUGCGAAGGGCCACCGAUGGUGGGGGAUUUCGCUGGGUCCUCGGAUGAGUUCGUCGAUGGGUUUGGUCGCUGCUCUCCUGGUCGGUGGAAGCCAUGCAACCGGGGCACGACGAUGUCCGCUGAGGCCUUAGACUUUGCGCAGCGCUUGAAAGAGAGGGUCAGGAUGUUCGUCGUGGAGUGUGUUCCGGACUUGGCGAAGUCGACUUUUCGUCUGGCGACGGGACACUGGAACGGGCCGCUCUUUGACCAGGGUCGCUUGGAAGAACUGAGGGAGGACUGGUUCAACAUGCUGCCUGAUCCCAUCCGGGCUCGGGAGAUGAUUCCUCAUCAACCCUUCUACUUGAGGGCGAUUUCGCAGACUCUUCGGAUUCUUGGAGACCCGGACUAUCGCAUCAUCGAGGAGGGGAAGUUCUGCUUCGUGAACGGUGUCGAGGUGGGACACACGGCGCCAUUGGGGCCAGUGCCUCAAGUGUUCCGGAUCCGCAGAAAGGAUCAGAAGUACGAUGAGUCAACUUGGCAGCCGUUGAUGCAGAACUAUCGUGAUGGGGCUGAAGUCGAGAAGGCCUUGGAGGAGGCUUUCACCAAAGAGGAGGCAGAAGGACGCAUGUUCCCGCUUUCUUUGGCGGAGGCGAAAACACGCUUCCCUGGCCCUGCGCUUCGCAUUGCCGCUCAAGCGGUGAUUCCGAAACCUGACCAUGAAUUCCGUGUGGUCCAUGAUGGGACCCACGGGGUUCACGUCAACAAUGAGAUUGUUAUGCUUGACCGUCUUGAAUCGCCUGGACCGAGGGAGAUUUCUUCGAUUCAGAAGCUGGGCAUGGUGGCAGAAGAGAAAGUCCUGUUCGGGCUUGUGGGAGACGUGAAGAAGGCGCACAGGCGAUAUUUGCACCACCCAGAGCAUUGGGGGGUGCUCGCUUGUAGAACGCGGAGCGAUUCAUCAGUCGUAUGGCUUAACCGCACAGGAACUUUCGGAAUUGCUUCGGCGGCCUAUUGGUUCGCCCGCUUGAUUGGUUUGGUGGGCCGCUUGUCUCUCAGAGUUAUGCUUCAGGCUUUUGUUUUCAUGCUUAUUUAUGCAGACGACCUACACCUGCUCAGCGGCGGUUCAGAUCGAUGGCUCAACCUCUGGAUGUCCCUUGCCCUUUUGUGCAUGCAGGGCACACCCUUCUCGGAGAAGAAGUGGCGCGGGGGACUGCAACUUGAUUGGGUCGGUUACUGGAUUGAUUAUGGCCGCUUUAAGCUUGGGAUUUCGGAGAAGAGAUGCCAGUGGAUCAUCCGAUCGAUUGAGGGCAUGGAGGGAGACGGCUGGCUUGUGGACGUUCGCCGUUUCCACGAACUCCAUGGCCGGCUAGGAUUUAUGUCGCAAAUCUUGAUAUGGAUCAGACCCUUCCUCGCGCCGGGCUACGCAUGGCUAGCGGUAGUCAGCAAAGGUGCGGUAUUGGCACUGCCCAACUUGAUCCGCUGCACCCUGCGAUUCAUUCUUGAUCGGCUCCGCGCAGGUUCACGAACGUAUCCUGCGGGGCUGGCGGAUAAGGAUUAUGGGGAACUCUUCAGAACCGACGCUGCUUGCAACUCUGACUCUGUGGUUCUAGGUGGUUGGUUCCUUGUCAGGGGUGUUGUCUGUAAAUCCGCUCCUUGGUUUCAGAUUACGCUUCGUUGUGAAGAAGCCCCUUGGCUCUUCAAGGAAGGUCUUGGGAGCUCCUGGGCCAGUACCUCUGCUGAACUGCUAUCCUCGUUGGUAGCGCUUCAUCUGCUGGAGAGGGAUUUUCCCGAGGUGUUUUCAUGUCCUGGCUCUUUCAGGGCCUGCUUCGCUGGUGGAACAGACAACAAGUCGGCGGAUGCCAUUUCUGCCCGACUUCUCACGACAAAGGUUCCUGUGAUGUUUGUGCUGAUGGAAUACGCUCAUCGCUGCGACUUGGCCGGGGUCAGAUGUCUCUUGAACUGGAGGCCGCGUGAUGCGAAUCAGGAGGCAGAUAGGAUCACGAAGAAUGAUUUCUCAGAUUUCUGUCCGGACCUUCGGGUCGCUGUCAGCUGGAGUGAGUUGAACUUCUCAGUGCUUCCGUCUUUACUUCGAUUCGCGAACUUUCAGAGCACUCUGGAGGAUGCGCGUGCCUCUGCUUCUGGCGAAGGACAAUCUCCUUCUCGCAUUCGUUUCGAGAAGAGUCACGUUUGUGAUGAUCAGGCCUCGCCGACUGAGACUAGUCACUUGUCGGUGGAUGAAAAGCAGGCGAUCUUCAAUGACUUUGAGGAGUACCAGGACCUCCUGCUUGAAAACUGCGAAUCCGAAGAUGAUGAUGCUCGACUGUUCGGGCUUGAGAUCUGUUGUGCCACCGCCUCCAAGCUACGUGAUGAACUACAGUCUCGCGGCGAACGGGUGCAAACUCUGGGUUUCGCCGAAGGAGGUGAUUUGGGCACCAACCAUGGGGCCGAGCUGGUGAAGGCCACCAUUCUUCGACUACGACCACGGUGGCUGAUCUGUCAUGUGCCUCUGGGACCAACCCGCAAGAACAAGGAGGAUGAUAUGAGUUCUCCUCCGUGGCGACGCUUCAACAAGGUUGUUCGCCAUCUCCUGGAAACUGCUCAGGUGCAAAUCGACAAUGGAGGAGAGGUCUUGUGGUGCCAGCCGGCUGAAAGUUCAGCCCGCUUCUUGUCAUGCGCCCGUGUCUUUUGGUACCAGCACCAACAGCACGCCGAUGGCCGGGUGAUGAAGUGCGGUGAGACCCACUACAGAUCGACCUCUACCACUCUCUUGCAGGGUCUUCCAAGUGUUUCUGAGACCCCUCCUGACCUGGAGAAGACGGUGGCUAAGAUCAUGCAGCAGGUGAUCCGGUAUGAGGCCGUGUUCUCCUUUGUCGGUGCAGUGGACAUGUCCGUUCUGGAGGGCAUCUCCUCUAAAGAGCUUGGCGAGCUGAUGGAAAGAGUGCACCGAUUGCACUCCCGACUGGGACAUCCCUCUAACCGACUGCUGGUCAAGAAUCUCCAGGCCAGACAUGCUGACAAAAGGUUGAUUGCUGCUGCCUCACAACUGAAGUGUGAUGCCUGCCUGGAGAGUCGAAUCAAGGCUCCACGACCUCCUGUGGAUCUGUCGAGAUCCGACCGUCUCUGGACCGACCUCCAAAUGGAUUUGUUCCAAAUGAAGAUCGAUGACCGGAUCUACCACUUCCUCCUCUUUGUCGAUGAGUGCUCAGGCUAUGCGGUGAUUCGGCUGGUGUUCGACCACUCCGUCAACAAAGGUGGCAAUGCAACCUCGGCGCAAGUGUGCCAUCUCUUGGAAGAAGCUUGGACCCAGUAUUUUGGGUUCCCAGAACGAAUCAAGCUGGAUGCUGAGAGUGCCUUGCGAGGAACUCUUCUUCGAGAUUGGUGCGCCACCAGAGGAGUUGAGCUAGUCCAUGCCCCGGCUGAACACCAUCAGUUCAUCAGUGAGGUGGAACGAUCCAUUGGAACUUUGCGCCGAAAGAUUGAAACUUUCCUUCGAGAACGGCCUGAACACCCUCGCCAGGUGGCUUUGUCAAUGGUGACUUCGCACAACAGCCUGGCCAGAAUACACGGCUUUUCGCCGCUUCAGUGGGCAUUAGGUCGUGAUCUGAGUUUGAGUGGACAUGUGAAUGAAGGAACGGGAGAACUUCCUGCUCUUUCUAGUGCUGGGACGCCGGGUGCUGAUCUCCACCAGACGCAUCGGAUGCGACUUCGAGCUGCACAAGCUUUCUUAGAGUUACGACACAAGGAACUCAGUGAUCGAGCAGCCAGGUCAUCUGCAUCUGCCUAUCCUCACUACUUGCCCGGGGAUUUGAUCUACUAUCGCCGCUACAAGACUCCUCAGGACCUCCCUGCCAAUAUGUCAACGGAUCAUCCGAGGAUGACGAUAUCUCGCUGGUACGGACCAGCACGGGUCCUGGCCACUGAAUCUCGAGGAGCUCCCGGGGAACGACGGCCAUCUUCACAUCUCUGGGUGAUUGCACAAGGCCGGCUGAAGAAAUGUCACUACACUCAAGUGCGACCUGCUUCUGAGACUGAGCACUUGAUUGCUCAGCAAUCCUCCGGCACCACGUUUCCAUGGACAAUGUCCAAUUUGACUUCUCUGUUGAACAAGGGUGCCUACGAGGAUCUGACCCGCGAUCGCGCAGUAUAUCCAGAUGAUCUGGAGUUUCCGGAUGAAGAUGACCGUGACGAUGGACUCCCACCUGGAGCGGAUGAACAUGUUGGAAAUGGUGACCAACUGACGGAUCCUUUGUCGGAUGAGGAGUUGAUUCCCGCGGCGUCUUCUGCUGCUCGGAAAAGGGAAGGGCCAGAACCUGUGGAAGAAGAAGAGAUGGUUCCCGACAAUGCCGAGAUUGACUUGAAUAAGCUCUUCAAUGACCCCAGUUACAUGCCCUUCCAGCCGAUUCCGGCGUCAGCUCGGGUGUCGCCUUAUCCUCAAGGAAGCUUCCGAGAGCAACGAGCCCGGCAUGAACAAGAUGAUCGUCCGUGGCAUGUGCGACGGAACGAGGGUGAAUCGUUGUACCAUGAGACUGAGGAGGCCGACAAAGUUUUUGCGGUGACCAUUGAUGCUCCUGCCAAUGCUCAAGCUUGGAAGAAGAUGGUCAAGCACCCUGAGAAGUUCAUGAGCAAGGCCGUUUCCAAAGGAGUGGAGGUGAGCUGGCAGCGACUUUCUGCGGAGCAACGAUCCGCAAUGGCUGAGGCCAAGAGCCUCGAAGUCGCUCAGUGGGUGCAACUGAAGGUGUGUAAGCGGGUGGCCGAGCAUGUUCCGGAGUCCCAACUCCUUCGGAUGCGAUGGGUCCUGACCUUCAAGGAAGCUGACCCAACGGAAGCUGGAACACCUCAAGUGAAGGCCAAGGCCAGGAUUGUGAUUCUGGGAUACAGUGACCCCGGACUCCUGGAAGACACAACGGCCUCCCCUACGAUGUCCAAGUUGACACGUCAGCUGAUGUUGAACCUAGCCUGCAUACGUCGGUGGGCUAUCUACUCAGCCGACGUACGCACAGCCUUUCUACAGGCAAGACCUACCGAUCGAGGCCGGCGUCUCCUGGCAAAACCGCUCCCGGAAUUGGCCGAGAAGUUGGGGCUCACUCCUCAAGAAUGUGUGGAGCUCACUGGCUCAGCCUACGGCUUGGCAACGGCUCCAAAAGAGUGGUUUGCAGAUGUGUCAUCCACUCUCAAGAAGCUAGGAGCUCUGCAAUGCCGAACGGACCCCUGCGCAUGGAUUGUGCUAGGAGUUGAUGGCGAGGUGGCCGGUGCUCUCGCAAGCCACGUCGACGACUUCCUGAUUAUGGGUAGUGCUACGGAUGCCAAUUGGCUCCGCUUCAUUGCUGCCUUCAAGGCGGCAUAUACUUGGGCACCAUGGCAGCAGGGAGAUUUCGUCCAUUGCGGCAUUCGCAUCCUGCAGCACGAGGACGGAUCCAUGACGCUGGAUCACUCCGGGUUCUGUGCCGAUCUGGUUCAGAUGGAUCCUGCAGGUCCUGGAGAAACCAUGACCGAGAAUCAGGUUCGGCAGGCCAAGGCGAUCCUUGGAUCUGCGCAAUGGCGCGUAACUCAGUCCGCCCCACAUCAUGCUGCGAAACUGAGCUACCUUCAGACUCUACUGUCCUCCCGGUCCAGCUCCUGUGUGGACCAGAUCAACAAAUUGGUGCGGGAGAUUCAUAACGCCAAGCACAUUUCUAUCUCGGUUCAGAACCUGGGAGACUUUGACCCCAAGACUGCAACGUUCGUGGCCUGGUCGGACGCAUCUUUAGCCAAUCGGCCUGAUGGUACCAGCACAGGCGGACUGUUGGUUGGGAUGAUGAGUCCCAAAUCCAUGGAGCUGGGCCAGGGCAAGAUCAACGUGAUCAGUUGGCGCAGCUACAAGCUACCAAGGGUUGCGAGAAGCUCCUUGUCAGCUGAAGCGCAAGCUCUGAGCAACUGUGAACAAGAACUCAUGUAUGCACGCCUGGCUUGGUUCGAAUUGAACGGUGGCAAGGUUGAUGUGAACAAUCCUGCGGCAGGAACGUCUCAGGUGCCUGGUCAUUUGAUCAUUGAUGCCCGGGGCGUGUAUGACACCUUGAUGAAAGCCGACCCUGGCAUGGCUUCCUUCAAUGUGAAGGACAAGUACACGUCAUUGGAGCUGAUGGGCAUCAGUGAGAACCUGCAGAGCCAAGGAACGAUCCUCAACUGGUGUGACUCCGAUCACCAGUUGGCUGAUGGACUGACGAAGUCUGCGAAGCAGGACGUGCUGCAGAAGUUCUUGCUCCAAGGUCAUUGGCGACUGCGCCAUCCGGGUGCCUUCAUGAGUGCUAAACGGCGCCGAGUUCUGGAUGGCAACCAACGUUUGGAUCCUUCCGAUGUACAGCCGAAUGUCACCAGCACGCAAGCCUGA